CGAUGAAAUUUGAUACGCUCAUGAGUUGGGCUCGCUCCGUCGAGACCGCUCGCAACCCGGCACCAUGCGUUCUUCAUCAUCAACCGCAGCCGCCUUUCAAACAGGCGACCUUCCAGGAUAUUUUGGGCCACCCUUGGACAAUGCAGGAUUCUACAAGCACCCAUGUUAUAACGAAGAUUAUUAGACGUCCGACGCACAAGCAGCUGCUUUUGGCCAUCUUGAACGGGACUUAUCGACCAUCCUUCAUGGAGAACGAAGCACAGAACGACUUUAGGGCACGUGUUGGCAUAAAGAACUGGCAGAACGCGUCUAGCACCAUUCACGACGCCACUCAGGCUGGGCAAUCGGGUUCCCAAUUGACAUACGGACAGUUUUGGAUGGCCUACGCCGCCAAUGUGGAGAAGUUCAGCCGAAAACUCGAGGAAGAGAACUUAGCCACUGGUGACACCGAAACCAAGCAUGCUGAGUUCGACGAUGGGUUGCGCGGUCGUGGCACCACAACGCCUGAGCCCGACGAUGCUGAAGAUGCCAUCUACGCUCUUCCCAGCGACCUGCUCUCAGAGCUGAACGCCAACGAGGCUGGCUACGACCACUACACGGACAUGAAUAAAUACGGAGGUGAAACUGCGGAGAGCGGUCAGCAAACGAUGAGGGAUUUCUACAUGGACACUACUACCGAUCCUGUUUGGAUCGACACUGCCAGGGUCGCCGUGCCGCUAGGCCCGUGGCCACCGACAGACGCAGACAAAUGGCCAGCUACCACUGAUAACGGCUCGUCAGUCUGGCCUUCCGCAUCCCCCGCCCCUCCGUGGCCCCCUCGUCCGUCCUCCCCCGUCCGAUACACUUCAUCAUCGACUUCAUCCACGUCGUCCUCGUUUCCAAUCAUCAACACACCUAGCAGCACAUCCAUCGAAAAGGACCAUGCCGCGGAGCUCCGUCAACUGGAGAGACGCGCUAGACACCUCAAGAUGUUGGACGAUCUUCUAUUGGAGUGCAAUCCAUCCUUCGCUGGCUCAAGGACCGUGGCGCCUGUUCUUGGCUCUCCUGCCGAUUUUGAAGAUUGGCGAUUCGGCGAUCCCAUCUACGAGGAACGCAAUGGGCCAUUCGGGUUCAUCCAGGUUGGUCUUUACUGCGCUUGAGCUGGUUGUCCAUGAGCACAUGCGGAUCAGCGCAGAGCGAUAACAGCUUGCAAGUCGUGUGUGGUGAUUCCCGAUGUCUGCGGUGUCAAGUAAUGAGUGAAGGGUGCUGUAUGCCAGUAUACAUUGACAGUUGUCUUUACAUACUCUGUAUUUGUCGGGGCCAUCGUGUCUUGCAUCAACUUCGUUUCUAUCGAUCGAAUUUCUCCUUGUC